AUGGCAUGCGGCUACCAGACCGGACCAAAAUUUUGCACGUCGCCGGCCAGGUGCAUAAUACAUAAUCAGCCAAGAUUGAAGUUAUUGACGCUGCCAGAUUUUGGUGGUGCUGACAUCAAAGGCACAAGUGCACUGACGACUGGUCCGCCAGACUUGGAGAUUAGGCGCUGGUGGUGUUUUGAGCUGAAACAACUUGACCCCCAAGAAGAAGAUGAAAGGGACCAGACCAGACCAGACGUGUCAAUUUGCACGGCGCUGAUCUUGGCCAUGGCCAUGCGACCAUUUCAAGGUUCAAAGGUUGACUUCAAACAACCGACUGGCGCGACCGAUCGUGGGCGUAACGCUGACCACUUCUUCGAUGUCGCCAGAGGAGGCCAUGCCAAUGCUGCUGCGGCCUCUAGGCAGCCAACUCGACCCAUCAAAUCGCGAACAGGAGCGUAUGGAAUUGAUACGGCCUGGAGAGCGCCUAUUGCCCGAGGUGAAUUCGACCAGACUCCAUUCAAGCUGGCCGAGAAUGCAAUGAGCCUCACGGGGUCGGGCUAUAUAAGGAGUUACUCUGCUUGCAUCUCGGAGACUGAUUUGCAACACAAGACGACUUUCCAUCUUAUCAAGAAUCAUCUUCUGCAACUGAACCUGAGUCCCGGGAAAAUGGGUAAACACAACGAUAAAGGCAAAGGCAAGGCCAGGGCCGAAGAUGAGGUCAAGGAGUGGGGUGUAAGUUACAUGAGGUGGCCAUCUAUCCAAUCUCUGUACAAGGAACUCACCAAGAAUUCCUUGGAGAAUGCCGUGGAUGCUCUAUGGAACAACAUCCUGCAACUCUACUUCAGGGUCGAAAACAACUACGCCAUCGAGGCCCAGGCAAGCCCGGAUAGAAAAACGAAAACGAAAGCUGAUUUCGCCGUCCGAUAUGUCCAUAAUGGCGUCCCAAAGAAGGUUAUCCUAGUUGAGGACAAGCGUGUCAGCGAUGAGGGCUCUGGUGCUGUUUGGACUGAGGCAAUGAAACAGCUCACUGAUUACAUGAUCCAAGCCCGACAUGCAAAUCGAGGAAAGAAGGAGUACAUGUAUGGUAUUGUCACGGUGGGACAUUACUCGCGGUACUACACACUCGUACCUGGUCGAAACGAUCUGUGUGACUUCAUUUAUAAGUCCGAGGAUAUGGUCUACACCGGACAGCCAUUGCAUUUCAAAGAUGACGAAGAGUGUAUGCACACGCUCCUCAUGGAACUAGUGAAACUGACAUCUAAGUAA